AUGCUGAGGCGGGGGCGGGGCCUAGAGGAGGGCCAGCCCGUAGGAGCCGAGCCUGGGCGGGGCCGGAGGCGGGACCUGGUGGGCGGAGCCUCGGCGCAGGCCUCGCAACUUAGGAGAGGCAUCGCUGAGGCACACCAGGACCAGCAAGCAGCUCAGGUGAGCCGUCGCUGCGCUGCUGUCUGCCUUCCAGGGGUUCGUGGUAGUGACAGGAAUCGGGCAGGAACUGGUGGCACUGGUGCGCCCCGGCUGGGCCCUCUUGGCCAGUGUCCUGGCUCCUCCCCUCCAGCUUCUGACCCUCCCCUCCACCCUGCCUCACAGACCCUUUCACCCCACCUUGUGCUCAUCUGGCAUCCCAAAGCUGCUGACCUAUUCUUGCCAGAUCCCUCUCCAUCUCCCAGACCUCUUCCCUCAAUCUCAUGCCCACCCUGCCCCCCACAGCAAGAGCUGUCCCCACGAACCUCUCAGACCAUCUAUAAGCGUGUAGAAGGCACCCAGCAAGGUCGCCUGGAAGAAGAAGAGGAAGACGGGGAGGAGGGGUCUGAGCCUCCUGCACACUUCUGCCCCAUGGAGCUGAGGGGCCCUGAGCCCCUGGGCUCUAGACCAAGGCGGCAAAACCUCGGACCCUGGGCAGCAGCAGGACGAAGGGCCAUCCCCUACCUGGUCCUGACAGCCCUGCUGAUCUUCACUGGGGCCUUCCUUCUGGGCUACGUGGUCUUCCGAGGGUCCUGCCAGGCAUGUGGCGAUGCUGUGUUGGUGGUCAACGAGGAUAUCAACUAUGAGCCUGGCCCUGACUCCCACCAGGGCCCAUUGUAUUGGCGUGACCUCCAGGCCAUGUUCCUGCGGUUUCUGGGGGAGGGGCACCUAGAGGAAAUGAUCAGGUAAGGAGCAGCCUGUCCCCUUCCUGCCCCUCAGAUGUCCUCCCCGCCUCCACUCAGACUUAGUCCCCCUUCCUCCUCGCCCAGAAUCCUGAUGUCUGGGCCCCCUUCCAAAUCCUUUCUACCUGCCUCCCUGGCCACCGUGUUCCUUGGUCCUGGGAAGAAUGGCAGGCAUCCGGAGCUGAGAAGAGGGAGGGCAGGUGUGGUGGUAAGGCUCCAGAGGGCUCAGGCUCCGAGGAUGGGAUGGUUUGGGAGAUGAGGGAACUGACUUUCUGAAUAAGAACAGAGGGGCCCAGCAUCCAGACAGGCAGUAGAGCAGACCCAGAAGGGCCUUGAAUGCCACAUGGAGGCACUUGGAUUUUGAUCUGUGGUAGCUGGGAGCUCUGAGAAUGGCCAUUUUAGGGAAUCAGAAAAAAAAGCAAGCAAGUGCAUUUGUGGGCAUGGACCACCCCUCCCUGCUUCUGCAUCGUGGAGGUGCCAGCCAGGCGCAGACUGAACUGAGCAGGCUUGCAAUGCAUAGUAGGAGCAGCUGAUGUUUCUUUUGUCCUGCUGCAAGGUCAUCCUGCCCUACUGGGAAGGAGCUGCCCAGAUAGGUCCAGAGAAGAGGUCCAUAGCCCUCCUUUGGGUCAGGAAGAGCUUUUCAGUGAAUUCUCCUGGAUUUUCUAAGUAGAUAAUCAUGUAAGCUACAACACUCCGGUUCAAAACUGAUCAUGGGGGUGGUGCAGGAAUGGGCAUAGUUUCUUUCUGCUGUGCCCAGGGCCACCACGAGCUGGAGGCUGACUCAACAGCAAGUAACAACAACAUAGAUAAAGAAGCAUGUCUUCUUUUCCAAGGCUUAUGCCUUCUCUGUCUUCAUUUCUUUUUGCGUUGGAGAGGGUGUGAAUGGUAAUUGGUGAUAGUAGCAGUAGCUGUCCUUGUCUAUUUCCUGAUUUUAACAGGAAUUUUUUUUUUAUAAUCUUUUAUCAUUGAGUACUAACUAUGCUGCAGACAUCCAGUAAGUUUAAAAUCAGACUAAGGAAGUUUCAUUCUAUUCCUAGCUUACUGAGACUUUUUUUUUUUUAAUGAUUAGGGAGGGAGAAACAGGUAUGGAAUUUGUUUUUAAAUGUUUUUUGAGAAUGUAUCGAGGUGAUUUUUGAUUGUAUGAGCUUUCUUCUUUAAUGUUUAUGUAGUAAUUUGCAUGAAUAGAUUUCCUUGCCAUCAAUGCUAAGCGUGAUCAAGGUACAUCACUCUUCUUUUAAUAGACUGCUGGAUCCGCCUUGCUAAAAGACCUUAAAUUUGUGGCAUCAGCAACUGUCACAGCUUUUUAUUUUCUUGAACAGCCCUUGAGAACUUAGGUGCAGGCUGAGCAGGUGGACAGGUUGACAGGUCUUGGGGUGGGCUGUGGCACUGUGGGUGCCAUUAAAGGGCAGGGAGGCAAGAGAGUAGCAGUGAGUGGGGUGAGAGCAAUGAAGCAAUGGGCCAUCUAGGCUGGAGGCGGAAGGGAGGGAGCCAGAGAGGAGCUGAUAGACCUGGAGAAACUGUAAAGUCUGGAAAGCUCAAUGGGGCUAAAAGAACAGGUAUAGUGAGGGUAAGGGAGAAGGUGGACCUUGAAAAGCUCCAGUCAGAGAAGGAGAUUCUAGAGACUUUAAGAUUUAUCUGGUUAAUUGUGCCCUAUUUAUCUUAGAGUCCCCAGCACCAACCACGGUGACACCCAGUAGGCGUUCAGUAAAUCCUCAGUGAAUAAAUUUUCCAGAGGUAAAGUUCUAGGUAAGGACAGAUCCAGGGUGUGGUCAAGGGAGAGGGUGGCUGGAGUGGAUGUUACAGCCUGGCAUUGAUGAGGUUAGUCGUUUGCUUAUUUCGACAAAUAUUUUUUGAGCACCUAACAUGUGGCAGGUACUGGGCUCAGUUCUGGUGGUGCAGUGGUUAAGAGCUCAGCUGCUAACCAAAAGGUCGGCAGUUUGAAUCCACCAGCCACUCCUUGGAAACCCCAUGGGGUAAUUCUGCCCUGUCCUAUAGGGUCACUAUGAGUCAGAAUCGACUAGAUGGCAGUGGGUUUGGUUUUUUUUUUUUCUUACUGAGCUAACUAGGUGGUGGUGAUAUAACAUAGAACAAACAGUUGGGACUUUGCCCUCAUGGAGUUUACAGUCCAUUAGAGGAAAUUGAUAUUAAACUAAUAAUGACAUUAGUGACUGCAACAUUAUCACUGAGAUCAUUGUUUUGAAAGUAAAGAUGUGAGGAGUGACUAUAACAGGAGGCUUGAUUUAGAUCGGGGGUCAGGGAAGGCUUCCUUGAGGAACUGACAAGUUACAACCUGAGGAAUAAGUAGUUUGCCAAAAAAAAAAAAAAACCAGAGUAAAACUGCCCCAUAGGGUUUCCAAGGAGAGGCUGGUGGAUUCAAACUGCCAACCUUUUGGUUAGCAACCAUAUCUCUUAAUCACCACGCCAGUCAAAGAGGAGGUGAAAAACCAUUCCAGGCCAGGGAAGAACAUUCACAAAGGGUCCGAAGCAGGAAGACUGUGGCCUAUUCGAGGAAGUGAAAGAAAGGCCAUGUGGCUGGCAAGGUGGACAUGGCUAAGGCCCUAAAGGGACUCAUUAGCUCCAUGAACUGUUUGGGAUUUUAUUCUAAGUGCACAGAGAGAGAACUGAAGAGUUUUGAGCAGAGAGUCUCACGAUCAGAUGGGGGUGGGGCAUGGGUUGUUUUUUCAUGUCAGGUGCAAAGAAUAGAGUUGAUCAUACUCCUCACAUUCUACUACAGUGUCCUCAUUGGUCAAUAUAAGGCCUUUCCCUGUUUCAUUUCUCCUCCUUCAUCCCUGAAUGCUCCUCCCACUCCCCACCACGAUGUGAACCUCAGCCAAGUGUUUGAUGUGUCCCCUAAAUACGGAUGUGGCUUUGUCAUAUAUGUGAUGCAGUUUUCCAUGUCUGUGUAGAUUUAAAAAUAUGAAUGUUUCUGUAAAAUUUCUAUGUGUUCAUUAUUUUAAAAUGUAAACAACAUGGAAAAAUUCAAAGAAGAAAGUAAAAACAAUAACCACCCAAGAUAGCUAUCUGUAGAAUGUGUGGGUUUAAUUUUAUUGUGGUAAAUAAUAUAACCAAAAAAAUUGUUUUAACCACUCUAAGUGCAUAAUUCAGUGACAUUAAUUACAUUCACCAUGUUGUACAACCAUCACCAAUAUCAGAAGCUUUGCAUCACCCCAAACAGAAACUCUGUACCUCUUAAGAAACAAUUUCCCUUUCCUGCCUCUUCCUCACCCCUGCUGACCACUAAUAAACUUUUGUCUCUGCCUGUUUGCCUAUUCUACGGGAGAAAAGACCUGGCGAUCUGCUCCCAUAAA